GUGAAACUAAACUAUAGAGGGCGCCACAACACUUUAAUAGCAACACGUGAACUGAGUGAAAGCCACACAUACGGCUCUUGAACUUGUGUUUUUAAACAAGUAUACACCACUUUUCUUCUGUAAUGACGCAUCCUAGUUCCGUUGCAGGAUUCACGGUCCUUCCGAUCCGCUUCAGUUCCAAAAGUAAGGCCGGCCAUUUCCUGUACUACCGAGAACACAGGGUACGAGAUGAAGAUGCCACUAAACCAGCCAGCAGAACCCUUUUUGUCGUCAAUGUUCCUCCUUACUGUAACCAGGAAUGCCUUGAGAGACUGUUUGGGCACUGCGGCAAAAUAGAGAGUGUUUUCCUUCAAGAAAAGCCAACAUCAUCAAAUCCUUCAGAUAAACACUCCAAGUAUUUCACAUCUACAGAACACACGCAGGGUUUCCAGUUUGCAUUUGUAGUAUUCCAGAAAUCCUCAUCUAUACCCAAGGCAAAACAACUCCCGUCCAAGUUUGCAGAACCAUUCGUCUUAUCGACGGUAGACAAACCCAUACCAACAGGCUACAAAAAAUGGUGCUCUCAGUAUUCCACGGCUCGUCCAGACGUCGGAGAUCUCCAGAAAGAGAUUGAUGAGUUCAUGCAGGAGCACGACACCAGUGUGCAGGAGGAAGAAGAAAAAGCCAAGGAGCAAGAAGGUGUGCCAGAUGAAGAAGGUUGGAUCACAGUGACCAGAAAGAGCGCCAAGCCGGCCGUAGCGCGCACCGAGAAGAACCAACGACGACUCCGUGCUAAGGAGAGAAAGAAGCGAGAGAAGACGGAACUGCUCAACUUCUAUACGUUCCAGAUGAGGGAGUCCAAACGAGAACAUAUUGCUGAGCUCCGCAAGAAGUUUGAGGAAGACAAGCAGAAAAUUGCACAGAUGAAAGCUGCCAGAAAAUUCAAGCCUUUUUAGGGGGGGGGGGAAUCUCUACGUCAGCUUAAUCACAGACUUCGCUAGAGUAGGGGUGGGGGGAUUGUCGCAUUGUGCAGUCAAAACAUAUUCAGUGAAAGCGUAAUCUUUCACAGGAAAGAAAUUCUGUUGCACUUGGGAACAGAAAAACCAAAAAAAUCACGUCAGUUUUUUACCAAGAUAUUUUUAUUGCUUCAUAAUACAUAUAAUACACAUUGUGGAUUGUAGUGACCUAUCUUGAAUGAGAUUUUUAGAACACAAAUAAAAUGAAAUAUUUACACACAAUUUUUUUUUGUAUUUAUUCAUUCUGUAGUCUUCUUCAGUUUCUGACAACAGAAAAUAGUUGGAUGAUUCUCAGAAAAGAUCAAAUUUUGUUUGCAUGAACUUUUCGCAAA